AUGCCUUCAGAACCAAUCCUGAUCGUCGGUGCAGGGCUCGGUGGCCUUGCACUCGCACAAGCUCUGCAUAAAAAGCGAAUUCCAUUCCGCAUUUUUGAGCGUGAAAUUCAGCAUGGUGUACGUGAGCAAGGCUGGGCAAUCUCUCUACACCCAUGGCUAAUGGCUGAUAUCUGCUCAUCUCUGCGUGACGACGAGGCUGGGCUUCGCGCCAUGACUCCAGAAGCACCCCUCGGCUUGCGUUCUGAAGGCGUAAUUUACUCCUUUGAAAAUGGCGCACGCAAAAAAUUAUUUCGAUUUGGAGAAGGCACUGAUCAACCCUUUGCGCGAGUUGAGAGGGCAAAGCUUCGCGACUGGCUUCUGCAAGACGUACCUGUCGAAUGGGGGAAAAGGUUCACGGGAUACGAAGAACUUUCAGAUGGUGUGACUGUACAGUUUGAAGAUGGUACUGAGGCUCGGGGAAGCCUUUUAGUUGGCGCAGAUGGAAUUUCUAGUCGUGUCAGGCGUCAGUUGCUGGAAAACGAUAAUGAGCCAGAGCGUCUUCCAAUUGGUAUCGUUGUAGGACAGGUCGAGGCCACGCCUGAGCAAUAUCAACGAUGGCUCAAGUUUGCUACAAGCUUUUCCGUUGGCUUCACAGAUACACGAAGGCUAUUUAUCGGCCUGAAAAGCGUGUCUGCUGAUUUAAAGACCGCAAAUUUCUAUUGGAUGUUUGGAUGGUGGGCAAUACACUUUAUUCAGAGAGUCGGGUUGAGGAUUGGAACAAAAAUGACUGACCCAAAACUGCAUAGGUCCGAUGAGAAUGCCAAAAAUACCCCGUACUGGACCGAUAUUGCCUCCCAGAGCGAACUGCAUAAGUUUGUGAUGGAUAACCUCCAUGGACUCGAUGAGGAAUACAUAGAGCCAUUUCGUGCAACGACUGUUGAAGGAAUACUGCUUCCUCCUUUGCAGAUGCGCGAUAUGGUGCCUCCUACUCUUCCUAGAGGACAGAUUACAUUGCUAGGAGAUGCAAUCCACCCGAUGGUACCAUUCCGCGGCGAAGGUGGGAAUAUGGCCAUAAAGGAUGCUAUUGUUCUUGCUGAGACGCUUGCGCAAAGUAGAGCCGAACAGGACUGGAAGGAUGUGUUGAAGGAGUACGAAGGCGAGAUGAGUGACAGGGCAGCUUGGAAUCGAAGCUCUCGCGAGGUUGAAAUCUUGGAAAUACAGGGACAGAAAUGGAGUAUACGGAGUUGGAAGAGCAUCUCCAUGUUACCGACAGAAGACGAUCCAGAGCGGGACUGA